UGGCACCUUAAUAGUUGCUGAACGUGCAAUUUGCGAAGCUGCAUAUCCUACUGAAUGCACAAGAUGGCGAAGUCCCAUAUAGUUGCCAAUGUCCCUUCUAUAGUUUCCAAGUUACUACUGUUCGGUAUUCUCAUGGCUACUAUUACCACAACAGGUGCCCAAAUUGGUGUUUGUUAUGGAACUGUGGCAGACAACUUACCACACCCACGAGAAGUAAUAUCGAUGUACAACCAACAAAACAUCAAAAGAAUGAGGCUCUAUGGUCCUAACCGUGACGCUCUUGAAGCUCUUAGAGGCUCCAAAAUCGAGCUCAUAAUUGGCGUCGAAAACGAACGCCUCCAGGAUAUUGCUUCUAAUCAAGCCAGUGCUGAUGACUGGGUUCAAAGAAAUGUGGUAACUUAUGGAAAUGUCAACUUCAAAUAUAUUGCUGUUGGGAAUGAAAUAGAAUCAGGUCCAAUAGCACAAUAUGUUGGCCCUGCCAUGGAAAAGAUUCAAAAUGCAAUUUCCAAAGCUGGUUUUGGAGACAGAAUCAAAGUGUCUACGGCCGUUCAUCCUGUAAUCCUCCAAGAAUCGUACCCUCCAUCAAAAGGAUCAUUCAAGCAGGACUACCGAGCAUUUCUUGAUCCGAUCAUCGGCUUCCUAGUGCGACAUAAUUCUCCAUUGCUUCUAAAUGUCUACCCCUACUUCACUUACAUUCAAAACCGACAAAGCGUUAACCUUCAAUAUGCUCUUUUUCAAUAUCCGUCGGUUUUGGUUCCAGAUGGACAAUAUAGCUAUCAAAACCUGUUUGAUGCAGAACUUGAUGCACAUUACGCUGCUUUAGAGAAGGCCGGUGGUGGUUCUGUGAGAAUUGUUGUAUCGGAGACUGGUUGGCCCUCCGCCGGUAAUGAUGGUUCAGUGACAAAUAAGGAUAAUGCGAGAAUUUACAACCAAAAUGUGAUUAAGCAUGUUAAGGGCGGAACACCAAGGAGGCCUGGAGGUCCGAUAGAAACCUACUUGUUCGCCAUGUUCAAUGAGAAUCUUAAAAAUGGAGACCCCACUGAGAAGAAUUUCGGCCUCUUUUACCCAGACAAAAGUGCUGUCUAUCCCAUCAAUUUUAACUAAUAGUGCUCUAGGGAUUGUGAGCAUUUGUUUUGUGUAACAAUGCCUAAGCUGCCUAAGCAUAAAUAAACACUAUGUUACUUAUCUGUAACAAUCCUAGUUAGUUCUUAUUAUGGUAAGAGCAAAAAAUGUAUCUCUCAAGAAAAUAAUGUAAGCGCGGCAUAUAUAUAGUCGAAAAAUAUGUUACUGUUA